GGCGGCUCCGGCUCCGACUCCGUCUCCGUCUCCCCGAGGAGGCGCUCCCCAGUGAGCGGCGGUGGCGGCGCGGAGCGGGAUGCGCUGGCUCCGGGCUCCCGCCCCGGUCCCCGUCCCCGCCCCGGGGCUCCUCGGGUCUUCCUGACUCAGCGCUCCUCGGCCCCGCUGGCGGUCGGCGCCACGAUGAGCAGCAGCCCGGGGGAGAAGGGUCCCGGGGCCGGAGGCGGAGCCGAGCCGGCCGGUCCUGCCCCGCCGUCCGGGGGUGAGGCCGGGGCGGAGGCGGCCCCGGCCCCGGCCUCGUCGCUGCUGAGCGUGGACGUGCCGGGGCUGCUGGCCCAGUUGGCCCGCAGCUUCGCGCUGCUCUUCCCGGUGUAUGCGCUGGGCUACCUGGGGCUGAGCUUCAGCUGGAUCCUGCUGGCGCUGCUGCUGCUGCUCUGGUGCCGGAGGAACAAGGGGCGCAAGACCUCCCGCCUGCACCGGGCGCUGGCCUUCCUCGACGACGAGGAGCAGGCCGUGCGGCUCAGCAUCUGCUCCUCCGACCUGCCCGCCUGGGUCCACUUUCCAGACACUGAAAGAGCAGAAUGGCUAAACAAGACUGUAAAGCACAUGUGGCCUUUCAUCUGCCAAUUCAUAGAGAAGCUGUUUCGGGAAACAAUAGAGCCAGCUGUGCGUGGAGCGAACACCCAUCUUAGCACCUUCAGUUUCACCAAAAUCGAUAUGGGCCACCAGCCCCUAAGGAUUAAUGGUGUCAAAGUUUAUACUGAAAACGUGGACAAAAGGCAGAUUAUUUUGGACCUUCAAAUCAGUUACGUAGGAAAUUGUGAAGUUGAUUUGGAGAUCAAGAGAUAUUUCUGCAGAGCUGGUGUGAAAAGUAUGCAAAUUCAUGGUACCAUGAGAGUUAUCUUAGAGCCUUUGAUUGGAGACAUGCCCUUAGUUGGAGCUCUGUCUAUCUUCUUCCUUAGGAAACCACUCCUGGAAAUUAACUGGACAGGACUGACUAAUCUUUUGGAUGUCCCUGGACUGAACGGCUUAUCAGACACUAUCAUUCUGGAUAUAAUAUCAAACUACCUGGUGCUUCCCAAUCGAAUUACAGUUCCUCUUGUCAGUGAAGUUCAGAUUGCCCAAUUGCGGUUCCCUAUACCAAAGGGUGUUCUAAGGAUUCAUUUUAUUGAAGCUCAGGAUCUUCAGGGCAAAGAUACUUACCUAAGAGGCCUUGUCAAAGGGAAGUCAGAUCCUUAUGGAGUCAUUCGAGUUGGCAACCAAAUAUUCCAAAGCAAGGUUAUCAAGGAAAAUCUCAGCCCAAAGUGGAAUGAAGUUUAUGAGGCUUUAGUUUAUGAACAUCCGGGGCAGGAGUUAGAGAUUGAACUCUUUGAUGAAGAUCCAGACAAGGAUGACUUUCUUGGAAGUCUCAUGAUUGAUCUAAUUGAAGUUGAGAAGGAACGUCUCUUAGAUGAAUGGUUCACUUUGGAUGAGGUUCCUAAAGGAAAGCUGCAUUUAAAACUGGAGUGGCUCACAUUGAUGCCAAAUGCUGAGAAUCUUGAUAAGGUGCUAACAAGCAUUAAAGCUGACAAAGACCAAGCCAAUGAUGGCCUUUCUUCAGCAUUACUUAUCCUCUAUUUGGAUUCAGCCAGAAAUCUUCCAAAUAAUCCAUUAGAAUUUAACCAUGAUGGCUUGAAGAAGGCUGCUGUUCAGAAAGCUUUAAAGUCAGGGAAGAAAAUCAACAGCAACCCUAAUCCUAUUGUUCAAAUGUCAGUUGGACACACAGCUCAGGAGAGCAAGAUUCGUUACAAAACCAAUGAACCUGUGUGGGAGGAAAACUUUACUUUUUUCAUUCACAAUCCCAAGCGGCAGGACCUUGAAGUUGAGGUCAAGGAUGAACAGCAUCAGUGUUCCUUGGGGAACCUGAAGAUUCCUCUCAGCCAGCUUUUGGCAAGUGACGAUCUAACUAUGAAUCAACGGUUCCAACUCAGUAAUUCAGGUCCCAACAGCACUAUAAAAAUGAAGAUUGCACUCAGGGUUCUUCAUCUUGAAAAGCAAGAAAGACCUGCAGAUUACCAACACUCAGCCCAAGUGAAGAGACCCUCAGUUUCCAAAGAAGGGAGAAAAAUAUCUGUCAAAUCUCAGGUCCCCACGCCCACCACAGCCGACUCUAGCAAAACCGUCCCAACCACCCCAGUGACUGAUAGUAGAAAGGCUGACCUGGGAGAAAAAGGCCACCCGGCUAAUGCCAGUCCCCAGUGGCCAACUGAGCUCAGCAGGAGUUCCUCCAGCCUUCAUGCUUCCAAUUUUGCCUACUCCCCCAGCCAUCUUUCUGUCAAGGAGCCAACCCCAAGCAUCGCCUCGGACAUAUCACUGCCCAUUGCCACCCAGGAGCUGCGGCAGAGACUACGACAGCUUGAAAAUGGGACAACUUUGGGACAGUCGCCCCUUGGGCAGAUUCAACUGACUAUUCGUCACAGUUCCCAAAGAAACAAGCUGAUUGUGGUUGUGCAUUCUUGCAGAAAUCUGAUUGCUUUUUCUGAAGAUGGCUCUGAUCCUUAUGUCCGAAUGUAUUUACUGCCAGAUAAAAGAAGAUCCGGGAGAAGAAAAACCCACGUAUCAAAGAAAACGUUAAAUCCAGUGUUCGACCAGAGCUUUGAUUUCAGUGUUUCGCUACCAGAAGUACAAAGGAGAACAUUGGAUGUAGCUGUGAAAAACAGUGGUGGUUUCUUGUCCAAAGACAAAGGGCUUCUUGGCAAGCUAUUAAUAGCUCUGGCAUCAGAAGAACUCGCUAAAGGCUGGACCCAGUGGUAUGACUUAACUGAAGAUGGUUCACGGCCACAUGUCGUAAACUAGACCACUUCGGACACCAAGAGUUUCUCCUCAGAUUAUGUAUUUAGCCAAUCUUUAUACAUUUUGAAUGCAUUGUUCUCACAGAUGUAUCUAUUAUUUUUAUAGCUUCAUGUAUUUAGUUAAACACCCCAGUGGUUUUAUAAAUUUUAACACUUUGACAUUUUAUGCAGAUUUAACCAAUUUUACUGUUAAAUUUCAAAUUUAUAAUUUGCUCUCAAAUAUUAUAUGUAUCAUUAUUAUGUGCAAUAGGGUGAUAGUGAACUGUUGUGUUUAAAUUGAACUGAAUGACAGUCGUGUAUUUUAGACAGUCAAUCUAUGCUCUGCUUUAUUCCUGCCUUGUUUUGUAUAUCACCAAGGUACAUGGUACCAUGUAAAUAGAUUCUAUUUUUUUAUAAUCUUUCCAUGCUAGUGUGAGGUCAGAAGAAAAUGGAUCAAAUGUAUAUUUUCUUCUGAGUGCAUGAAAAAUUCCUAUGACAGAUAUUUUUUUUUGUUUUUGCAGCAAAAUGGUCUAAGUGACCCUUGGUGUUUCUUUUUAAAAAAGAAACAAACCUGAAAGACGUAAAAAGUUAAUAUUUUUCUUUCGCUUAGGCUAGUGAAAGAAAAUGUACAAAAUAGCAUUUCUACAUAAAUAUAAAGUUGUUUCACUAAAAAGUCAUUCUAUAUAGAGUAUUAUAAGCAAAACUGUUUUAGAACUAAGAUAUAUACAAAUAUUAUAUGAAGAAGAUUUAAGAUCCACAAAUCAGAGUAUAAAUCUAGCGUUUCUUACACGGAAAUGAAGACCUAUUUACGGUAAAAUAUUUUAUUCACUUUUUGAAAUUGCUUGUUGUAACUUAUUCAUGUAAUCUAGAGCACGGAUUUAUGCAUUUCCUAAAAGGGUCAUGAGGACAGGCUUCUUCCACUUUAGAAAUUUGGUCUCUUACAUAACCACUUGUCAAGUGUUAAUAUCCUGGGGGCCAGCCUUCGUAGUUACUGUUCAGGCUCCAGCUUUCUUUGAAGUGUAAAAGAUCCCAAUAUUGAAGACCAAAAAGUGUUUACUGAGAAGGUCAUGAGGUGAGCUGGAAGAGUUAUUGAGUAUCCAAUUAAAAGUUGAUGUGUUUUACAGAAUUUGUCCCCAUUGUUACAGAAAGUUCCAGCUGGGCUUGUAACCCUCGGAGUGAAAUACUGCUGCAUUCUGCACCACACAAAAGUUGUCACCAGAAAGCCAGUCCAAAAGGAUUAGUCUGUUGCUCAGUGAGAGCAAUUGUUGGCCUUAAUAUAGCUCCCUCUAUACUGUCAACAGUUUGGGGACAUGGCGCAGGGAGUGGGGGAGGUUAAUGGUAUAAAAUUGGUCUGUGUCUUGGAAAUCUUUUCUUGACUCCUAAGGACCGAAUUACCCAAGAGCCUUCAGUACUUCUGCCAGAUUCACUCCAGUCUCAUUGUGGGGAAAAUGCAAACAUACACAAAAUAUGCAAACAUAUGAACAAUUAAAAAAAAGAAUUUUUUUAAGGCUAAGUGAUGAAAAGUUUCCCUGGACCGGAGGGAUUUUUUUUUUAGGUCAUGUAAAAUAAUUCCUUUGGGAGAAAAAAUAUACAGACAACCAGCGAUAGAACUAUAAUUUAAGCUUCAAAAGACCCAUCUACUUGAUGAUAUUCUUUCAAUGUAGAAAAUAGUGGGCUAGGAAAUUUGAUGAUGAACGUGACAUGACCAAACCUACCAAAGUGCCUACUGUUGGUUGUGGCUGUUCUCUGAACCUGAUUUCAGAACCAUCUGAUUUUAAUCUCAACCCUCUCAAUCCCUGUCAGCACUCCCUCUGCCUCUCACCCCCACACACCCUGCUUGUGGUGGACUCAGUAUUUUCACACUGCAUUUUCACUGUAACCAAAAUGAAGAUGGCUUGAUGUGUUCAAGUAAUUCCAGAUGUUUCUGCUAUUUCCAGUUGUGUGAAAAUUUGCUAGAAGGCUUCAGCGGAUUCUUUUCAGUGGAUGUACAGUGUGGGUAACUAUUCCAGGGAGAAAGAAAACCUAUAUUUAUAAAAUUCUCACUCCAGGAUUAUAGGACACGUAUAUUUCAAAUAUGGGAAAGAUCUGAUCAAUAGGGCUAGCAGUAUUAAAAACUUAUUUUUAUAACAAGGCCUAUGGUCUCUGCCACAACCAGAAAGGAGAAAUGUACAAACUGUUUGCUCUCCACCCCGAAUCCUGAGUGACUUGUGCUUCUCUCUUUUCCUGCAUGUUUGGGUUUUGGGUUUUUUUGUUUUUAAACUUGAAAUAGGUAUUUUACUUAUAUGUGAGGGCAGUACAACUAGAGGAGAACAACAUAUUUAAAUAGAUAACAAGAUGCAUAUUUUAGUGGCUAAAGAGUCCAACUUGGAGAUGUAUAGAUCCGGUUUCGGGUGGUUGAAAUCCUUGGUUACUUUCCCCAAGGAGUCGGGGGCUCAGUUCAUACACUCUUGUCUUUCUCAAGAAACCCAGUAUCUUGAAGGAAGGUUUAGUUGGUGAUUCUAAGGUGGGCCCCUGGAAUCACUGGGUAAACUGGGCAAUUGUUUAGGCUGGCCCAUUCCCAUGAGAUUAUAAGGACCUGGAGAGCAGUAAUUGUAUGUCUUCUGUCUUACUUUCCCAAGUGCUUAUUUCUGUGCUUGCUAUUCAGUGGGUGCUAAGUAAUUGUCCUGAAUGAUGAGGCCUGUCCCAGGGGCCUCUCAAGCAACUAAAAAGAAAUUUCACCAACCCUAUUCUCCCCAACAUCACAGCCCUGAUCCUAAUUGAAAAUACCCUCACGUUCCUGGGAAAAGAAGACUGUGUGCCCUUAUGCGUCAGAGUCACUGCACACCAUCUCCCACAUGGCUACCUUGUGGCCUCCAGAGUGAUGCUUUGAAAGAAGGAUAGGGUUACGGUUAAAGGGAAAAGGUAUUAUAAACUGGAAAGAAGGGGUCUUCAUUGCCUUCAUUCUUCACUUCUGGCGGUGGUAUAAGUGAGAAGAGGGAAUGUAUCACCUUUCCUUUUGGGUUAAAUUCGGGGGGGCUGAGGGCAGUUUUGAAAGCCAGUUCUUGUUAGCUUUUCAUGUACUUCGUUUAUCCUGUGCCUUAAAAGUAUGAAAGUUUAAAUGUUUUAAUUUUUCAAAUGAUUAAAAGCAAAAUGCUUAUACCACCGUUUUUAUAUUUUGUGCUAUGAAAAUGUGUGUAAAACUGCUCUGCUUUUGGGAGCAAAGAAUAGCAUUUUUACUAUUGGUUAAUGUAAAUCCAAACAUGACUGUAUUUGGCAAUUGGAUUUGGGUUGAAUUAGUUGCUUUUUUGUUUCAACUUGAUUGUUUGUAAAGAUAGUUACAGCAACCAAGGAAAGUGGAAAUCAGAGUGAAAAGGGGCCUUUUUGAGCAAGUCGUCCUUUUUGCUCAAUUCUACAUGUCAGUGCAUGUAUUUAUUCAAUAAACAGAUCAUAUUGUG